AUGGGAAUCUUAUCUUUCCUCUCGAAACCUGAAGAAGAAAAAGUAUUGUCAACGAGACAUCCUUAUUAUCCAACCGAUCUUAAGCUUACCAACUAUACAGAGCCAACACACUCAACAGCAGUUCUUUUAAUAAGCUUUGUUAUCGGACUUAUUGUGAUAUCAGGAAUAUCCCUAGCAGUAAUCAUUCCUAAAAAAACGGUCGAAUCAAACCACAAGCCAAUUUUUUUAUGGUUUAUCAUAACAGGAUCUAUUCAUUUCUUUUUUGAAGGAUAUUUUGCAUUAUAUCAUGAAAAUAUCGCGGAAAAUAAUGGAUUAUUUGCACAAAUGUGGAAAGAAUAUGCGUUGAGUGACUCAAGAUAUUUAACUAGUGACCCUUUUGUCGUGAUUAUGGAAAGCAUUACGGCAGUUUGCUGGGGUCCACUAAGCUUUCUUACCGCAUAUGCAAUUUAUGAAAACUUACCAUUCCGUUAUACUUUACAAAUUAUAGUAUCUUUAGGUCAGCUUUAUGGUUUAGUUUUAUAUUAUUUAACAGAAUUGAUGGAGGGUGCAGCACAUUGUAGGCCUGAAGCAUAUUAUUUUUGGGGUUAUUUCUUUGGUGUUAAUUUUAUAUGGGCAAUCCUUAGUGUUACUUUGAUUCGACAAGGUUGGCAUCAAAUAUCGAAUUUCGCCAAGAAUGUUGUAAGAAAGAAGGAUAUAGGUGUAUCAAGGGAAUUAUGGGUUAAUGUGAUAAUAUAA